AUGGCGGAGAGUUCGAGCAAUAUUUAUGAUAUAAAUGGAGCACAUUUUGAUCCGGAAUUGUAUAUACAAAAAUUGACCAAGGAGUAUAGGCUAAAACAAAUUAUGGAUCAUGAAGAAGAAAUAAGAAGAAAUACCCAAGUAUUACACUCUGAAAUGCAAACGCUAGUUUAUGAAAAUUAUAAUAAAUUUAUUGCUGCUACUGAUACUAUUAGAAAGAUGAAAACCGAUUUUAAAGAAAUGGAAGAAAGCAUGGAUUCACUGACGACGAAUAUGGACAAUAUUACAAUGUUUUCCGACCAAAUAUCAUCAACGCUCCAAGAUACAAGACAGCAAAUAUCAAGACUGUCAUCUGUGCAUGCAUUGUUAAAACGCUUACAAUUUUUAUUUAAAUUACCUAGUAAUUUAAAAGACCGUAUGAAUGAAGGAAAUUAUGCCCAAGCCGUACAAGACUACAUCCGCGCUCAACGAGUCCUAAACAAAUACGGCCACAUGCCGUCCUUCCACGGGAUCCAAAAAGACUGCGAAGAAAUAGUAGAAGAGCUAAAAACCCAACUACGAAUGCAAUUCCACCGCCGAGACGCGACCACAAAAUCCCUAACGGAGAGUGUCGACUUACUCUUGCGCCUCAAAGAACCAGCUGAUUCUUUGUGCGAGGAUUUUCUAACCCACGCUGACAAUAGGCUGUCGGAAAAAUUAGAAACCUUGAAAGACAUGUGCGAGAACGACAUCAUCGAGUUCGUAGACGCCGGGAGCUCCGGGUACCUCUCAGACUUGAGCUUAAUAGUUGCGUCUUACAACGACAUGUUCAUCAACAGACCCCGCACUAAUGAAGACGACAUUGAUAUUGACGAUUUAGACGCCAAUGUAAUGAUCCGGUUGGACAAAUUCGUGGUGUCUAAUAUGAACAAGUACUUUGAAUUAGUAAAAAAAAGAGUGGAGGGUGUCUCAGACACAGCGAUCCUCGUCCGAGCUUUGGACAGAUUCUACCGUCGCCUCCAAGCGAUGAACAUCCUCUGCAGCGGAGCAGACUUUGCUAAUACCGGAAUAGAAAUUUUAAUUAAUUCGGGAAGAAAACAGUGUCGGAGUCACUUGAACAGCUUGAAGCAGCAUUUAAACGAAACUUUGGCAAAAGUUAGGCAGACUUUGGCUGCUAAAAUAUCUUCUGACAACGACGGAGGAUUAACGGAGCUCCAGGCGAUGCUCUUGAUGCCGACAAUUGAAAAAAUAAAAGGAAUUCUUCAAGAUUUGUCCGCUUUUUUGCAGUCUGAUUUGUCCUUUAGUUUAAAGCCGCAAUUUUUGGAGACUUUUUGCGUUGAAGAAGUCAGAGAAGGACUCGUUGUUGGACUCCUUCAUCACUUAACAGCUGUCGCAAGUGGGUUUUGCACCAGGUCUGAUGUUCCAAAAUAUCCCGCGACGCUCUUGCUGCUGCUUAGCAAGAUGUGCAUUGAAUUUAAAGAUUCAAGCAUUCGCUAUUUGAUUUCCACUACUGAUGACAUGUUCAAUGUUGAAGCCUACGCUGCUUCGGUCAGCGCGCUCACUUCUGAGCAAGAUAUUUGCAAUGAGUUUUCUAGAGCUGGUCAAGAUCUUCUGAAUCACUAUGUCAGGCUUCAAGGCCUGGCUGUUUCGCAGAUGCUCAGGAAGUCUGUUGAAACUAGAGAUUGGCUGCAUACUAUUGAGCCCAGGACGGUGCGGGCGGUUAUGAAGCGCGUUGUUGAGGAUAUUACUGCGAUUGAUGCGCAGGUUUCGGUGCUCUAUGAUGAUAAUGAUGGACAGGUUGAUAGGAGCAGCGAUAGCAGUCGGAAGACUCACAGUAUUAGCGUUUCGAGGCAACAGUAUCGGUCAAAUUGGUCAUCGUACACUCCCAGUCAGCUUGAUUCAUCGCUUGUUAGUAAUAUUCACAAGCUGUUCUCGGAAAGAAUUGAAAUCUUUGCUCCGGUUCAGUUUACUAAGUCGUCGAUUUUAACUGGGAUUAUUAAAAUAAGUUUGAAGACUUUUCUCGAGUGCGUAAGACUGCGGACUUUCAGCAAGUACGGGCUCCAGCAGAUCCAGGUCGACACUCAUUACCUACAACUCUAUCUAUGGCGAUUUGUUGCAGAUGAAAAUCUGGUGAAUUUUCUACUAGAAGAAAUUCUCAGUAGCGCUUUCCACCGGUGCCUUGAGCCUAGUCCAAUGGAGCCCAGCGUUGUCGACAUAAUAUGCGAACGUGGAUAA